AUCUAUGUUUGGUGGCUUGAGUGCUUUAUGCCUAUGCUUCAACUUUGGCGUGUCUGUGGACCUUCGUGUGUGUUUGUGUCCACAGUCUGUCAGGUUUUUGCUGGUCUCCAGCUGUGGGAUCUGUCGAUCGCUGUUAGAUUUGUGGAGUUCCUCGGCGUUUGUUUGCUCCAGGGGACUCCUGCUUCUGAACAGAGUCGGUGUUUGCCUCCCUGGCCUGAGCGAGGACAGCUCCGGAGGGGUCGAUCGGGUGGUCGGCAUGAUCUGGAGCAGUGAGAGGUUGUGGCGGCCUCAUCACUAGCUGCCAUCACGGCGGGGGACCUUCGGAGCUGUGUGUGCAGGGUGGUCAUCUACCUCCAGAAGGACAUGUCCGGGGACAGCUGCCUCCCCACCUCCCCGGCCCCCCCGCUGGCCUGUCCCAAGACCAAGACCUGCAGCUACCGAGGAGCGGUGGGCCUGGGUAACAAGUACGUCCGGCUGAACGUGGGCGGGACGCUGUUCUACACCACGCUGCAGGUGCUGACCAGACACAACUCCAUGCUGAAGGCCAUGUUCAGCGGGAAGAAGGAGGUGUUUACUGACAAAGAAGGUUGGAUCCUGAUCGACCGCAAUGGGAAGCACUUCGGCAGCAUCCUGUGUUUCCUGCGCGACGGCACGCUCACCUUGCCCAAAGGCCGGCAGGCGGUCCUGGAGCUGCUGGCUGAGGCCAGGUACUACCUGGUCCAGGGUCUGGUGGAGCUCUGUCAGAACAGCCUGCAGGAAAACAAGGAGCAGCCGCUGUGCGUUAUACCUGUGAUCACCUGUGGACAAGAGGAGGACAGACUCAUCCAGUCCUCCAGCAAGCCUGUAGUGAAGCUGCUGUACAACAGGAGCAACAACAAGUACUCCUACACCAGCAUGUCGGACGACAACCUGCUGAAGAACAUCGAGCUGUUCGACAGGCUGUCGCUCAGCUUCAAUGGCCGCGUGCUCUUCAUCAAAGACGUGAUCGGAGACGAGAUCUGCUGCUGGUCCUUCUACGGUCAGGGCCGCAAGCUGGCCGAGGUGUGCUGCACCUCCAUCGUGUACGCCACGGAGAAGAAGCAGACCAAGGUGGAGUUUCCCGAAGCCCGGAUCUACGAGGAGACCCUCAACACGCUGCUUUACGAGACCAUGCCGCUGCCCGACAACUCGCUGCUGGAGGCCACGCGCCGCAGCUACAACAACAGCGGCUCCCACAGCGAGGAGGAGGAGGGGCCCGCGGGGGGCGGCGCCGAGCUGCGGGAGCGGGUGCGGCGGAUCCACGUCAAGAGGUACAGCACGUACGACGACCGGCCGCUGGGACACUGAGUCCUCUGGAAAACUGACUGUCCUCCCCUCAAUCUGAAACAUCACGCGUCAAUAUUUAUAGAUUUGCCUUUUCUAUUCUGUACACAUUAACAUCCUGUUUGAUCAGACGGAGUGUGCCUUUUAUCAUGUUUUAAUGCAGUGUACCCGGAUGCCUUUUACCAGCUGUGAAGAUAAAGUUUUAUUCUCCCACUUUCCGCCCGAGUCCAGUGGUCUGUUUGUUUGUUUGGUUGAACCUGUUUGGAUCUUUGGAUCUUGGAUUGAAUAACCGUCACCCGGCUUGAUUCAGAGUUCAGUGUGUGGUGCUUGUUGAGACCAGAAGCUCCACACUGUUCCAGAUUUUCCGUCAGAUGUUUUGAUAUUUGACGUGUUUCUUUUUUUCCACUCAUCAGUUUUCUCAGUGAACAGGGAAUAACAGGCAGCUUUUCAAAACACUGAAGUCCUCACUGAUCGGCUAAUUCAUGUCUCACUGGAUCAGGCAGAUUGUCACAGAUGAUUUUCUACAGGUGAGUCAUGAUUUGUUUUCAUACUGAUUUACAGCAAAGGGCCAAUAUCAGUGAAACACCAAGCUUUAAGUUUUUUGUUUUUUUUUUAAUCCUCUCAUAUUUUAAUGCUUUAUUUUUUCCGUAUUUACUCUUUUGCAUUGUAACACCAUUUCUUUCACUGGGUUCAUUUCUUUUCAGGAGAUACUCCACAUUAUGUACUUAAACUUCAGGGGCACCAAUAAUGGUGAGCAGGACUGUACGUGUGCAAUUUGAAAAAAAUUAAACUAAAUCAAAAUUCUUAAAAAAAAAAAAAAAAAAAUUAACAAUAUGAGUACUUACAAUGUUGAAAAUGGGCUGAGGAAGAAAUAACACCAUAUAAAGAAA